GGAAUUGUCGAUUGGCAGCGGUCGACAGAGUGACACCUCUAAUCACAAGACACCGCAAAAAAUAAAUAAAUAUUUAUAUAUUUAAUUGACUGACCACCAAUCUUAGUACAGCUGAAUUGGGAGACAAUGUCGUGGGUCUCUGACUACAAGUACACAUGGACGGAGCGGAUAGCGAUGCGAACUCUGCGUGCCUGUGGCCACAUUCCGCACCACGUCGCCUUCGUGAUGGACGGCAAUCGGAGGUUCGCCCGCUCACAGCAGAUUGAUAAGAUCGAGGGUCAUUCGCGGGGAUUCGAGAAGCUUGCGGACUGCCUGCGCUGGUGCCUGGACGUGGGCGUUCGCGAGGUGACCACCUUUGCCUUCAGCAUCGAGAACUUCAAGCGUUCCAACGAGGAGGUGGAGGGUCUGUUUAAUUUGGCCAGAGAGAAGUUUGCCCGCCUUCUGGAGGAGACUGCUCGACUGGACGAACAUGGCAUCCGCAUUCGGGUGAUCGGGAACAUCGAGCUACUGCCACUCGACUUGCAGAAACUAGUGGCUUCGGCUAUGCUUAGCACAGAGCGCAAUGACAAGCUCUUCCUGAACGUCGCCUUUGCGUACACAUCGCGGGAUGAGAUUACGCAGGCGGUGGAAACGAUACUGCGGCAUGGCAGCCAAGAUCUGGCGGGCGAGGACAUCAGUGAGCGGCUGUUGGAGGAAUGCCUCUACACGCGACAUUCGCCGCCACCGGAUCUGGUGUUCCGCACCUCCGGCGAGACCAGGCUAAGCGACUUCAUGAUGUGGCAGUUAAGCACAUCCGUGUUGUACUUCAGCAACGUCCUGUGGCCGCAGAUCACUUUCUGGCAUUUCCUGGCCAGCAUUCUGGCAUACCAGCGUGACCGCUGGCAGCUGGACGACUUUCGGCGAGCGGAGAGGAUGCAGAGCUACCAGCUGGCCAAGUCGACCGACUUCUACAGCGAACGCGUCCAGAAGUUCUUGACCACCAUCGAUGAGGACCGGCGGAAGCUGCUUGUGCGACUGGCCGCCAACUAACAUCCUGAAGUCCCUUCGAUUUCUACAUGACGAUGAUGUUUGUGAUAUCAGUGGGGAAUAAAAUCGUGUAAAUAGCGUAUGAAGGUAAUCCGCCUUUCAAUAUAUGUCCAGUUGGAGAUUUCAUCACCUUAA